UGUUGAGCUUCUGGGUAGCUCACGAGCAGUGAGGUGUUACUUCUGGCAGGUCAAUUCCGAACCAUGCCUUCGGAUCUCAGGCCAAAGCAGGGGAGAAAUAGAUCCAAGAACCGGGCUUUCUUCCGUGGAGCACGUUGGAAGAUAGCAGUUGCUGAUAGCCGGUACAAAAGAGAGAAUCCUGCCCUCAGAGUGUAUCCAGGAGCUCCGGGUUCUGGCCAGGGGGUCAACAUGGCGGCUGGCCCUCAGUUUGGAUUCUGCUCUGCAGUACGUCAGUGUCUGCAAAAUAUGUGGGCCCAGAGGCACUUGGGCCUGUUUUUGCUUUUACUCUGGACACUGGUGAUCCUGUUCUAUCUUGUGAGCACUGAUUCUGUGUCUCCGAAAGAGAAAGUGCAAAGGCACAGUAAAUCUCCAGAACAUGGAUCCAACUGGGAAUUUCUGUUGAACUUUUUCUUUCCAACAACAUGCGUCAUAAAGGAGAAUCAGGAGGUAGUGGCUUGUAAUAAGCAGCCGUAUCUUAGCAAGACUGAAUGUUUAAGAUUCAAGUGCUGCUUUUCAUCAUCUGGGACCAAAAUGAGGUGCUAUGCCCCACUAAGAGAUAAGCCUACACAGAUGCUCCGGGUGUUUGGAUUCGCUGUGACCAGCAUGAUAAUCCUGGGAUUUCUUCCUAUGUAUUGCUGCUCUCUUUGCCAGAGGAGCAGAUGGUUUAAUCCUUUAAGAAGGAAUAUGAACAGAGUGUUGAAGGUUUUGAAGAAACAAAAGACAAAACUGAAGAGGAAGCCCAGAGCAAGGAAAGCACCAAAAGAAGAGAGAGGAGAUAGAAAAGAGCAGGAGUCCAGAGCAUUACUUUCUAAUUGAGAAUGCAGACCUGCCAGAAGGGAGAUUUUCCUAAGUCAUUCAAAUCCUAUUAACUUUAGAAAGACAAAUUUUUGUCAUAGUUUCAAAUCAAAUUAAAGUUGUAUUUUGUGCAUCAAA